AUGGCCUUUGCCCGAGGUGCUCAGGGCACUGUUGAUGUUGGACAACACAUAACUAGACAUCCACCAGGGGCGAGGAUCCUGCUUCUACCAUCCGGGACGCUUUACUCUAGCACAUUGCUAGGUCUUGACAAACCCGCUUUGAAGAAGGAAGCGCAUUCUCAACCCCUUCGCCAUGUUAAACGAGCGGCCGAACUACAUGCACCUUCGAGGCAGCGAUUUUACGAUGAAAGAACCCGAGCGGGCACCAUUCGCGGUAGCGGGCUCAUACCAUUCUUGGUUCAAAGUGUUCAGGCCACCGCUACUUCCAAAUAUCUCCUCGCUAUACUGAAGGUAGCGCAGUUUGUCCAGUCUCUCGCAAGAUACACGUGGAUAUAUUUAACACGCUCUCUCCGGAAUGUUCUUCCGUAUAUAGAUUCCACAGGAGAUUUGUAG